AUGGUAUCGGGCCAAGGAGGAAAUCACCAGCGAGAACAGGAAGACGAAGAAGGAGAAGUAGAGGAACGCAACGGAAGCCUGUGCCUUUCUGCAUCUGUCCUUGGAACCCUGGGUCACGGUGUUGCUGUCCAGGUAGCUCUGGUUGGAGCAAGAGUGGCAUCUGAUGGCGACGGCCAAAGCGGUAGCACCGGCAAAGGUGAAAACGAAAUUGAGGAAGUCCCAGAUGGCCAGGAACAAAGGCGAGGCCAAGAAGGAGAUGAAGAAGGCUAG